AUGAGCCCUUCGAAUUAUCAAGACAGUGACCAGAUGAUGAAAGGAGUGACGACGAUGAUUAACGGCUCACGUCCCUCGCCGUUAAGAAUCAACAAAGAUUCUCACGCCAUCCACAAAAUUCCGUCCAAGCGGCAGCAGCCGGUGAUCAUAUACACCCACUCGCCGAAAGUGAUCCACGCGCAGGCGCGUGACUUCAUGGCUAUGGUGCAGAAACUCACGGGAAAGUCACGCGCGGAGGGUGGCGCCGCCGCUGUGAAACCCGAGCCGGAGGAGUCCGGAUUGGCGGUGUCCUCCGACGGAAAAGACGGCGGCGCCGUUGAGAAUGUUAGUAUUGUCGGGUACGAUGAGACGGAGUCGUGCUCGAUGCUGACGACGGAUUGCCCGCCAAUGUACAAAUUCCCUAACUCGUACUUCGAUGCUCCGAUUUUCACGCAGAGUUCGAAUGAUAUUUUCUGUUCGACGAGGCCAGCCAAUCAGAUUUCGCCUUCACUCAUUGAGAUGAUGAAUAAUUUCUCAUAA